GUCACUUUAAAUAUAUGGAGACUUGCUUACUGGGGGAGGAGCUGCUUCUUAAGGAUCAGGUAUGAAUCUGAAGGGAUGACCUCAUCCUUCUACCCAGACCUGCCCUAGACGCUGAGUGGAUGCUUUUCUUAUUACAUGUCCUACACCUGGGAGCAACAGGAUAUGACUGAAACUUGAAGCACUUCUCUCUGGCACAGCUGGCUAUUCUGGUCUCAGAAGAGAAGAGAAGAGACUUUCUGAGGAUCUGGUAGAGAGGACAGAAGAAAGUUGGAGCAUACGUGAAAGGUGCAGCAAGGAACAUCAGCAAAAAUCCUACGGAGAAUCCAGACAAACUUCUUGGCUUGUGGUAUCUUUUCAGUUGUUUAGAGUUUGAGUUUUGCUAGAGGAUGCUGAGACAAGGCACUAAGAGGGCGAAGAGGAGUGUCCUGGAUUCCUGCCUCUCCUUCCAGUGGAAAGUCUUCAGUCCUCGAGAAGCAUUGGAAGGAGAGCUGAGGAACACAUCUUCGCCUGCUCCUGGAUACUACUGAGUUGAGGGUCCAUCUGUGUCACCAGGACGUUAGGGAAGGAAGCAGUUUCAGCAGCACAGAAGAAAGUAAUACUUAAGAACUUCUCUGCGGUAGUCAUGUGCCAAGUUACGUUUUGAACACCAGGGCAGGUGGACAGAUUUGUCACUUGGAUCUAAGGGGACCCCUGAAUUCUCUGAACUUACAGAUGUGGUUGGAAGGCUGCAAACUCAGCCUUCAAUACAAACAAACUUCUGGAUUCUUUUCUGUUGAGGACUUCAGAAGACACAGUUUCCCUGCCAAAAAGAUAUAAAGCCUUUCUUCCUGUUUUUUUUUUUUUUUUUUUUUAAAGCUUUUUGGGCUAAUGUGAACAAUAAUGUCUUGGAAAAGAAAUUACUUUUCAGGAAGCCGUGGUAAUGUUCAAGGGAUGUUUGCACCUCGAAGCUCAAUGUCUAUCGCCCCCAGCAAAGGCCUCAGCAAUGAGCCAGGGCAGAAUAGCUGCUUCCUCAACAGUGCCCUGCAGGUUUUGUGGCACUUGGACAUCUUCCGCCGUAGCUUUCGGCAGCUUACGACUCACAAGUGCAUGGGUGAUUCCUGCAUCUUCUGCGCUCUUAAGGGCAUCUUUAACCAGUUUCAGUGUAGUAGUGAAAAAGUGCUCCCUUCUGACACUCUCCGCAGUGCUCUGGCAAAGACUUUCCAGGAUGAGCAACGCUUCCAGCUGGGAAUUAUGGAUGAUGCUGCAGAGUGCUUUGAAAACCUCCUGAUGAGACUCCACUUCCACAUUGCUGAUGAAACCAAAGAGGACAUAUGUACUGCUCAACACUGCAUUUCUCACCAGAAAUUUGCGAUGACACUGUUUGAGCAGUGUGUGUGUACCAGCUGUGGUGCCACUUCUGACCCACUGCCCUUCACCCAGAUGGUGCACUACAUCUCCACCACAUCCCUUUGUAACCAGGCUAUUUGUAUGCUGGAAAAGCGAGAGAAGCCUUCACCAAGUAUGUUUGCUGAGCUGCUUCAGAAUGCUAGCACCAUGGGGGACUUGCGGAACUGUCCGAGCAACUGUGGGGAGAGGAUCCGAAUCCGCCGAGUACUGAUGAAUGCGCCACAAGUUAUCACAAUUGGGCUGGUUUGGGACUCAGACCAUUCAGACUUGGCAGAGGAUGUCAUCCACAGCCUGGGCACCUGCCUUAAGCUGCGUGAUCUGUUUUUCAGAGUGACAGAUGACCGGGCCAAGCAGUCUGAACUAUACUUAGUGGGAAUGAUCUGUUACUAUGGCAAGCAUUAUUCUACAUUCUUUUUUCAAACAAAGAUCCGAAAAUGGAUGUAUUUUGAUGAUGCGCAUGUCAAAGAGAUUGGUCCAAAAUGGAAGGAAGUGGUAACCAAGUGCAUCAAAGGGCGUUAUCAGCCCUUGCUGCUGCUCUAUGCAGACCCCCGGGGCGCCCCAGUGUCCCCCCAGGACCCACCGCCCCAGGCUCAGCUCCUGUCCUACACCAAGGCGUGCUACGACAGUGAAGACUCAGGGAGGGAGCCUUCCAUCUCAAGUGACACUCGAACAGAUUCCUCAACGGAGAGCUAUCCCCACAAACAUUCUCACCAUGAGUCUGUGGUCAGUCACUUCUCUUCCGAGUCUCAGGGGACAGUCAUCUAUAAUGUGGAGAAUGAUUCCAUGUCUCAGAGCAGUCGGGACACAGGACACCUGACUGACAGUGAAUGUAACCAGAAACACACAUCGAAGAAAGGGUCCCUGGUGGAGCGCAAGAGGAGUUCUGGUCGUAUGAGGAGGAAAGGUGAUGAGCUGCAGGCCUCAGGGUACCACAGCGAAGGAGAAACACUGAAAGAGAAGCAGGCUCCUAGGAAUGCCUCCAAAUCCAGUAGCACCAGCAGGCUGAAGGAUUUCAAAGAGACAGUCAGCAAUAUGAUCCACAGCAGGCCUUCCCUGACUUCCCAGGGCAGUGCCGGCUCUCCCCGUGCAGGCAGGGCGGGAGACCAGCCAGACAAGACACCACCAAGGAACUUGUCUUUACACUCUCGGGACUGGGAAACGGAGAGUACCAGUAGUGAGGCAAAAUCCAGUUCUUCCAGCCGGUACCGGCCAACAUGGAGACCCAAACGAGAGUCUCUGAAUAUUGACAGCAUUUUUAGUAAGGACAAAAGGAAACACUGUGGCUACACCCAGCUUAGGACGUUUCCUGAAGAUGCAGCUAAAGAAUUUACACCAGAUGAAAUAAGCAGGCCAGCUGCUUAUGACACUAAAGAUGGUGGUCCAGGCUCACAGCGCAGCCCCUGGGGAGCCGCCCGGCCUGGGGCUCAUCUCCUAGAGCAGCGCCCUCGCCUAAUCCAGCGCAUGGAAUCCGGCUAUGAGAGCAGUGAGAGGAACAGCAACAGCCCCGUCAGCGUGGAUGCAGCCCCGCCCGAGAGCUCGAAUGUCCACAGGGAUCAGAGCACAAAGAGAGCAAUUGGGUUUGUCCCUUCUUGGCGUCAUAUCCCGAAGUCUCACAGCAGUAGCAUCCUGGAAGUGGACUCCACAGCAUCCAUGGCUGGCUGGACAAAGACUCAACCUCUCUCAGAUGGGGGCAUCACCUCUAAAAGUGAGCUGGAUGAACUACAGGAAGAAGUGGCCAGGCGGGCCCAGGAGCAGGAGCUUCGAGCGAAACGGGAAAAGGAGUUAGAGGCUGCCAGAGGCUUUAACCCCCAUCCCAGCCGGUAUAUGGACUUGGAUGAACUGCAGAAUCAGGUGCUGGCCCUUUCAGGGAGGAGUGACGGCUUUGAAAGGUCCUUGCAAGAGGCAAAUUCAAUAUUUGAAGAGUCGCUGCAUCUGGAACAAAAGGGAGACUGUGCUGCAGCUUUGGCUCUCUGUAACGAAGCUAUCUCUAAACUAAGACUUACCCUGCAUGGUGCCAGCUCUAGCACGCACAGCAGAGCCCUAGUCGAUAAGAAGUUGCAAAUCAUUAUUCGAAAAGCACGAAGCCUGCAGGAUCGCAUGCAGCAGGAACCAUCAUCGCAGCAGCCGGUGCAGCCCUCAGCCUCUGUCCCGUCACAGGGGGGCGCCCUCCCUCAGCUGACAAGUGAACAGCCUAUCCCGCUCCAAGUAUUGUUAAGCCAGGAGGCCCAGCCGGAGCCCUGCAAGGGUACAGAAUUUGCGAACAGUUCUUUCUUCCAUUUACCUGCUUCCUGCCAUGAGUCCCACUCAUCACUCACUGCAGAGUCACCUGUUUCAUCUGUUACACAGCACAGUUCCCCUAGUCGGUCUUCCGCAAAGUUUCUCACAUCCUUUGAGGUGGACAGCAUCCGUCACUCUGCAUCCCACAGGCAGGAUUCACCUAAAGCAACAAGAAGAAUUGAGAUGAAUUCUCAACAUGAAUGCCUGCCAUUGGAUGCCCUUGAAGAUAAGUUACAAGGCUGCAGGGAGGGGGACAACAGCGGUAGCAGAUUCCCACCACAAGAAGGAAGGGACACAGCUCAAGAUCACCUGUUUGAAGAAAAGAAGAAUUCUGUUGACACAUCCAUGGGAAUGCCUUGGUCACAUUCAACAGGAGAAGCCACUUCUGAGAGAGUUAUACAUAGCCUAAAUAGUCCUUCAAGUUCAUCAGCUCAGCCUAGUAUUCCCCCUUGCAAAGCCUGCUACCCCAUAAUGCCUGCUGCUUCUUCAUCUGGGCUUCAUCCUACUGACCCCAUGCAGAAACUAAACCAUCUCCAAGCCCAAAGUCUCCAAACUUCAUUGACUUCAAAAGUGGUCAGAGGCAGUGAGGAACCCUAUAGGCCAGAGUUCCCCAGUACAAAAGGACUUGUCCGCUCAUUGGCAGAGCAGUUCCAGAAGAUGCAGAGUUCUUCCACAAGGGAUGUUAGAGGUUCCCAGGAUCAAAGUUUGCCAAUCGGUCUAAGGAAGAACUCUUCUCCUUCUGACCCUAUGCCUCUAUUACUCCAGGGUCCAGGAAAAGAGCACUGUUGCUGGGCAACACAUUCCCCUUCUCUAGGCGGCAGGGAAAGACUGCCGUGCCGCGAAGGUCCUGAAGAUGAGCCUUCGCUUGCCAUGGACUCUGGGCUUCUGAAUGGUGAGACCUUUAGGAGGGGACAGCCUAGGUUGGCUGAGCCUGAUAUACACCAAGGAAAGUUAUCCCGAGUGACAGAUAUGAGGCCUCAGGAACUGGCUAGUGUCAACUUGGGGACUUCUUUGCCUUUGGAUUCUUGGGUAAAUGUCACAAGGCUCUGUGAUUCUCAGGUUACAUACAGAGGCCCUGGGCCAGGAGUUAAGCCCUCCUCCCAUGAUUCCCAUGCAUAUGUAACCUACCCAGAGAGAAAUCACAUGCUUUUGCAUCCACACUGGAACCAAGACACAGAGCAGGAGACCUCUGAGCUGGAGUCUCUCUACCAAGCCAGUCUUCAGGCCUCUCAAACUGGCUGUUCUGAAUGGAGGUCGCAGGAUGUGGCUUGGCAGCCACUUAACCCAACAGGCUCUGCAGAUGGCAUGGGGAGGAGACUGCACUCAGCCCCUGGUCCUGAGCUCUCAAAGACUUCAACAGCAGAAACGGAGCGUGCUGUUCAUGGGCCAAGCACAGCGCCUGCCUCUCAGGUACCAGCCUCUAGUGCUAAGGAUUCAUCAAACGUGAGGAAAAAGACUUUGGAAACCCGGCACCAUUGUUCCAGCUCCUCUUCCCUCCCUGUCAUCCAUGACCCUCCUGUAUUUCUCCUUGAUCCUAAACUCUACCCUCCCCAACCACAGUUCCUGUCCCCAGAUGUCCUGAUGCCCAGCAUGGCAGGGGAGCCCUAUAGACCCCCAGGAACUUCGAGGAGUGUCCAACAGUUUCUGGCUAUGUGUGACAGGGAUGAAACUUGCCAAGGGGUCAAGUACACAGGAAGGACUUUGAAUUACCGAAGUCUACCUCAUCGUUCCAGAACCGAUGCUUCCUGGGGACCAGGGUCAGAGAUCAACCAGCAUGUUGGGGCCAGAGACCUAACUACGCCAGCAUGCAAGCCUCAGCUAACCUACACUGCCACACUUCCAGAAAGACGCAAGGGCCUCCAGGUUCCUCAUGCCCAGUCCUGGGGGAGUCUGUUCCACCCACCCUCCCAUCCUUCUGCUGUUCACCCAAUGUCCCCGCCAUCCACCAGUCAUCAUGUACCCCUUAGGUCGGCUUGGAAUUCGGGUCCUGUUCUAGGCUCCCGAGCACCUGGCCCUCGAAGAAUAGAUAUGCCCCCAGAUGAUGACUGGAGACAGAACAUUUACCCCUCCCAGAAUAGGCAUAGGAGGACGGGAGAGGAGAGAAUUAUGUUUGUUCUAUCAAACGCCCCUGGAAGAGAGCAGAGCAGGGUGAGAUUCUUACAGCACAGCAGGUGGUAG